AUGCCGGCCCUUUCCUCGACUUCAACAUCCCAUGCGGUGUACCACGGCCCUCUCCCUCUGUACAGAGUUGCCUUUGAGGGCGAACGAACAGCUCACUGGCUCUGUUCAUUCCGUACGCUCCUGCACGUACCGACGGCGUUCUGGUCCACGUUGGAGUAUAAAAGCAAGUCAGCGGCGGAACCAAUCCCGGAGUCAUUCGCCCACCCAUUCGCCGACCCAAUCGCACUGGCAAGUGGAAAAGUACACGCUCAGAUGGCACCACUUCCCCCUGCUCCGAAGCGAUGGCUUGAGUCUCAACUGCGUUGGGCCGCCGAGGAGGUUUUCAAUGGAAAAUGGUACAAUGCCUUGACCAACAACUGCCAGCAUUUCUUCAUCGACGUGGUUACUCACUUGCAUCAAAAAUACCCUCAGUCGGUCCCUCGUUCGGCUGUAGAGGACGUUUUGGCUCGUGCCCAAGGUCUCACCAACAUUUCUUAUGUGCUUCGACGAACUCAACUCCAUGAAGAGGGAACAGAUGCAGAAAGCGACCGUGGUGACAGGCCAAGAUUUUCAAUCGACUGA